CAUCUAGGGCCCACCCACUCACCCAGCCACGCACAUGUACACAGUAGUUACACUAUUUUUAUUACUAUUAUGCCUCCGAAGCAUGGCAACUGAAAAUUCCACAAACAGUGACGGGGCCGAACAGCUCAAGCUCUCAGUAAAUGAAGCCUUUAAAGCGCAUAAAUAUUCUCUGGCUAUUGAUUUAUAUACACAAGCAAUAGAAUUGAAUAGUGAGAAUGCGGUAUACUGGGCUAACCGUGCCUUUGCACACACCAAAUUGGAAGAGUAUGGCUGUGCAAUAUUGGAUGCUACUAAAGCUGUUGAAAUUGACCCAAAAUAUUCUAAGGGUUAUUAUAGACGCGGCGCGGCAUAUUUGGCUAUGGGAAAAUUUAAGAUGGCACUGAAGGAUUUUCAACAAGUAAAGAAAAUAUGUCCAAAUGACCUUGAUGCUGCCAAGAAAUUGAAAGAAUGUGAAAAAGCUGUGAUGAAACUAAACUUUGAAGAAGCUAUUGCUGUACCUGAAUCAGAAAGACGUUCAAUAGUUGAUUCUAUUGAUUAUCGUGCCAUAGAUGUGGAACCACAAUAUGCUAGUGCAAGAAUAGAAAACGAUGUUGUUACUUUGGAUUUUGUGAAGAAAAUGAUGGAUGAUUUCAAGAAUCAAAAGUGCUUACACAAACGAUAUGCAUACCAGAUUGUUUUGCAAACAAGAGAAAUGUUGCAAUCUUUGCCUUCUCUGGUCGACCUUAACGUUCCUACUGGGAAGCACUUCACUGUAUGCGGUGAUGUACAUGACCAGUUCUAUGAUUUAUUAAAUAUAUUUGAGCUCAACGGACUUCCUUCUGAAGAUAAUCCAUAUCUGUUCAACGGAGACACUGUUGAUAGGGGUUCUUUCUCUUUAGAGGUCAUACUCACGCUGUUUUCUUUCAAGUGCAUGUCUCCAUCAGGCCUUUUCAGUGUUGAUGGUGUGAAGCUCUCUGGCAUAAGAAAAAUUGAUCGGUUCUGUGAGCCUCCUGAAGAGGGUAAGCUUCAACUCAGUUAUUUAUUUUGUACGUUCAUUUUCCCUUUCCGGCUACUGAUGCCUUAUGAUUCUAGAAGGUUUUUAUUUGAAAUAAUCUAGUUAUAAGAAAUAUCAUCUUAUUAUUCUAUAGAAAAUUGUUGCAAGGAUGUUUUACCUUUUCCCAGUAACAAAUAUGAUUUAUGAAUGCAGCAUGUAACAUUACCACCAUUUCUCAUUUUGUCAAAGUAUGUGAAAAAGAUGCUAUUCAAGCCCUCUUUAUUCUUUUACCAGUCAAAGAAUGAUACUUUCAAUAUUCUUGUUGAUUGAAUUGAAUGUCAGUACUUCUUAAGGUAAUAAUACCCAAUUCUUGGGCUUUAAUAUCUGGUGUUUUAAUCCCUGGGUUCUCAUAAUGGAAAAAGGGAAAGCAACUGGAUAGAUAGAACCUUAUGGGUCGUGUGUCUGGAUCCAGAAGCAUUACUGUCUCUUUUCAUUUAGUCAGAAAUAUGGUAACUAGUAUAAAAAUUAAGAUAAAAUUACUAGGAAUUUGUCACUGCUUCAAUGGUCGUGUCAGUUCAGUUUUACGCCUGUUUAAUUCGUAUGCUAAACUUUGACAUGUUAAGGGUAUUGGGAUGUAGUAGAAUCUCAAAUCAUGUGUCUCAUGCAAGAAAUUCUUCUAAUGUGCCAUUUUCUUGUUUCCUAUGUACAAGGGGGAGAGUUUGUAGGGAGAGAGAAGUAGGUGUAGGAGUUUUCAAUAGUUAAACCAUUCAUGGAAUAAGCUAAGAGGGAGGAUAUACUGGGAUCACCACAAUAAAGGAGAUUGUUCUGCUUGAAUGGAUUCCAUUUUUUAUUUCUGGUUGUUUCCUUUAAUCUCUUUUUUUAUUUUUUUUAUGCCAACUAUGGUUGAUGUGUGAAUUGCUCUGGAGUGAUCCACAACCUCAACUUGGGAGGGACCCAGCAAACGUGGUGUUGGUCUUUCAUUUGGUGCAGAUGUAACUAAAAGAUUUUUGCAGGAUAACAAGCUAGAUUUAGUAGUGCGGUCACAUGAAGUGAAAGAUGAAGGUUAUGAGAUUGAGCAUGAUGGUAAACUUAACACUGUCUUUUCUGCUCCAAACUACCGUGAUCAGAUGGGAAAUAAGGGUGCAUUUAUCGUCACUUAUACAGUAAUGCCACACCCUGAUGUCAAGCCAAUGGCAUAGGCCAAUAACUUUCUUCAAAUGUUCUCGUAAUGCAUCGCCAAACUUGAACCGCCAUUCUGUUUUUACUACAGAAGUACAAUGUGGUCGCCGAAGGUGGCUGAAGAAGAGUUGGUUUAUGACACGGUAAACAAAUUAACCCUGAAUCUUGGAACUCUUGUGAAUUUCCCUUGUAUGGACUUGAAAAUUUAGAUUAUGCCGUAAAAAUCGACGACAUUGUUUACGAUGAAGUGAUGAACAGCCACUUCAUUGUAUUCGUAUGUAUUUUGUCAGAUUUUCAUUUGCUGUGAAUAAUUCGAAUGUUGUCAAUAAUAAUUCAUUUACUUCCCCUUUCUC